UUUUUGCUGUCUAUCUAUCUCCCAAAGAAAAGAGAAACUGUUUGUUUUAUUUAGUAAACUGUGGAAGAAGAGGGUUGAAGGUUUUUCCAAAAUCCUUCAGAAUUUUUUUUGAUUUCUCCCAAAAAAAAAAAAGAGGAUGAAGAAGGUAAAGCAUCAGCAGAUUCAAGCCUUAAAGAAGCCUUUCGAUCUUCUCUCGGAAGAGCUGGUGUUCAUCAUCCUUGACCUCAUCUCUCCAAAUCCUUCCGAUCUCAAAUCCUUCUCCCUCACUUGUAAAUUCUUCUACCAAGUCGAAGCCAAACACCGCAGAUCCCUCAAACCUCUCCGCUCUGACUACCUCCCUCGAAUCUUAUCCCGUUACCGCAAUACCUCCGAUCUCGAUCUCACUUUCUGCCCUCGCGUCACUGACUACUCCCUCAGCGUCGUCGGCUGCCUCUGCGGCCCUACGCUUCAUUCCCUCGACUUAUCCCGCUCUGCCUCCUUCUCCGCCGCUGGUCUCCUUCGGCUGGCCGUCAAAUGUGUUAAUCUUGUGGAGAUUGACCUGUCGAACGCCACGGAGAUGAGGGACGCGGACGCGGCGGUGUUGGCCGAGGCCAGGAGUCUCCAGAUGCUCAAGCUUGGGAGAUGCAAGAUGCUGACGGAUAUGGGAAUCGGAUGUAUAGCUGUUGGAUGCAAGAGGCUCAGUACGGUCAGCUUGAAAUGGUGUGUUGGCGUCGGAGAUUUAGGCGUCGCUUUGCUUGCCGUCAAAUGCUGUGACAUUCGCUCCUUAGACCUCUCCUACUUGCCUAUCACAGGAAAGUGUUUGCAUGAUAUUCUGAAACUUCAACACCUUGAAGAACUUCUUAUAGAAGGAUGCUUCGGAGUUGAUGAUGACAGUCUUAAAUCACUCACACAUGAUUCCAAGUCAUUGAAGAAGCUUAAUGCAUCGAGCUGCCAGAAUUUAACUCAGAGAGGUUUAACCUCACUUUUAAGCGGGGCAGGAUCUCUUCAGCGACUUGAUCUAGCACACUGUUCUUCGGUGAUUUCAUUGGAUUUUGCAAGUAGCUUAAAGAAGGUUUCAGUAUUACAGUCAAUCAGGCUGGAUGGUUGUUCUGUUACAUCUGACGGUUUGAAAGCGAUAGGCACUUUGUGCAGUUCCCUGAAAGAGGUUAGCCUAAGCAAAUGUGUGACCGUAACUGAUGAAGGCCUCUCUUCUCUAGUAAUGAAACUGAAAGACCUCAAAAAACUUGACAUCACUUGUUGCCGGAAACUAAGUGGAGUUUCAAUCACCCAAAUCGCCAAUUCUUGUCCCUUACUUGUCUCUUUGAAGAUGGAGUCUUGUUCUCUUGUUUCCAGAGAGGCCUUUUGGUUGAUCGGACAGAAGUGUCGGCUACUUGAAGAGCUGGAUUUAACUGACAACGAGAUUGAUGAUGAAGGACUGAAAUCCAUAUCUAGUUGUCUUAGUCUUACCUCGUUAAAGCUUGGAAUUUGUCUUAACAUAACAGACAAAGGGCUCUCAUAUGUUGGGACGUGCUGCUCAAAUCUCCGUGAACUUGAUCUUUACAGGUCAGUGGGAAUAACAGACAUAAGCAUCUCCUCGAUCGCCCAAGGCUGCAUUCAUCUCGAAACAAUUAACAUAUCAUACUGCCAAGACAUCACAGACAAGUCCCUGGUUUCAUUGUCCAAAUGCACGUUGUUACAAACAUUCGAGGGUCGGGGAUGUCCUAACAUCACGUCCCAAGGACUUGCGGCCAUUGCUGUUCGGUGCAAGCGACUUGCCAAGCUUGACUUGAAGAAGUGCCCAUCAAUCAAUGAUUCUGGGUUGCUAGCUCUCGCUCACUUCUCACAGAAUCUCAAACAGAUAAACGUGUCGGACACAGCGGUGACUGACGUGGGACUUAUCUCCCUAGCCAACAUAGGGUGUUUACAGAACAUAGCGGUGGUGAACUCGAGUGGUUUAAGCCCGAGCGGAGUAGCAGCAGCCUUGCUGGGGUGUGGAGGAUUAAGGAAAGCGAAACUCCAUGCUUCCCUAAGAACAUUCCUUCCUCUGUCUCUAAUCCACCACUUGGAAGCUCGUGGUUGUGCUUUCCUCUGGAAAGACAAUACACUUCAGGCGGAGUUGGAUCCUAAGUACUGGAAGUUACAGCUGGAAGAUGUUGUGCCUUAAAGCGAGAAACAUUCUGAAUGGACAAGAGGGUUCCUAUGGGAGACAGACAAGCCCAUGUUGGGAACGUAUAAUAGGUGGAACAUUUUUGGCUUUUGUGUUGACGGCGCGUGUACCCUACCACCCCAACCUUGCAUUAUAGAAUAGUAGUUCCACAUGGUGAUGAUACCGUUGUAAUUUUGGGUUUUUUUUUUUUUUUCUGGGUGCCUAAAUUAGCGGACGUAAUACAGAGUCACAAGGGAUGCCUCUGUUCCUUUUUGACUUUUUCCUCUCUUCGUUUUUUCUAUUUUUUUUUUGGAUGCGACUUGUGAAUGUGUGUGUAAUCAUAUGAGUAUGUAAUUUAAUGCCUUAUCAACUUGCCUCGGGAGGGCCUGCUU